AUGAAGUUUCCACCUGAAAUCCUUCAAAAUAUAUUUAAACAAGUUAGUCAUUUCACGGAUCUAUAUAAUUGUUUAUUAGUAAAUAGGUAUUGGUGUACGAAUGUAUUACCAACGCUAUGGGAGAAUCCAUUAGAAAAAAUCUUUUGGAGUCGAAAUUUCAAGAUAAUUGAAAUAUACAUUUCAUGUCUUUCCCCUCAAUCCAAACUUAUCCUUCAACAGAAUGGAUUAGAAAGAGUUCAGUUACUCAAAAAAGGCGACAAGGACGUUCCAUUAUUUAAUUAUAUAAUGUAUUUAAGAGGAAUAGAUUUUACCAUAUUGUAUACGGCCACAGCGAAUUGGAUUUUUAAAAUUAUAAUCGAACAACGACGUCAACAAUUAGAAAGGAAAUUAGUAGAAGAAGAUAGUACGAUUGAAGAUAUAUCAAACCUUUCAAACACGCAAUUAAUUAUCUUUCAAGAAUUAAUUAAAAUGAUUGUAAAAAAAAGUUCCGUACAACGUUAUAAAUUAACCAUACCAGAAGGGCUCGGAUCUUAUACCUACCUUGAUUGUUUAAAUGAAAUCAUACCGGAAAGAUCACACCUUGAAUUAUUAAAGUUAACGACAAGUAAUUAUCAUUUAUUCUUUAGUAAAUUUAAAAAUAUCUUUUGUACCAUUGAUAAAUUGAUAAUUAAAUGCAAAGAGGAUGACGAUAAUUUAAGUGAUUUUUUAAAUUCUUUACCAAGAAUACAUUUUUUGAAGAUUCGUUUGAUUGAUCAACCGAUGCCAAGCUUAACGAACGCUUUAAGGAAUCUUUUAAAGGCUAACGAUGACAAGUUAACUUACCUUUGGAUUAAGCAAGGUGGAUCGAUUCCGCUGGAUGUUUUUUCCGGAUGUAAAAAUCUCGUUAAUUUAAGAAUAACGGAUUCGCAUUUACCGGACGCUCGUAAUACGACAAAAUCCUUUUGGUCAUUAAACACGUUACUACCUUUUUCUAAUGGACCGGCGUAUAAUCAUCUUGUUGAAUUUAGUUUAAGCAUAGAUGCAAGGAUAAAUUUACAUCAACUCUCUAAAAUUAUAUCAAAGACGAACGGAAGCCUUCAAUAUUUAUGUUUAAAAUGGGAAAUCGAACAAGAUCCUGAACAUAGUCAACUUUUAUUUGAAAAUAUUUUGAAAUCAUGUCCUAAUUUAAUUGACAUAUUUAUUUCAAUCUCACCUCAUACUAUAAAAUAUUUAAUCGAUUUUUUGGAAAAUCUUAAACAUUUGGAAAUUUUAGAGAUUGAUUCUUUGGUGAAGAACAUAGAUUUGAAUGAUUGGUUGCCCAACAUUGGUAGUAAAGUCACGGCAAGGUUAUCGUUGUUAGGCUUUUAUUGUAAAUUUAUUUGUAAUUUAGACGAAUUUUAUCAAUUUCUUGAUAAUAUACCCUCAAUUCCUUUAUUCGGUGAUCAGUGGUUUUCCGUAGGAUUGGAAUUGUAUUUUCAUGAUGCUAACGCAUGGAUAGGACGAGAUAAAAUUGAUUUGUUGAAAAUUUAUGCUAAAAUUGGUAAGAUUCAUAGCAACGUUUGCGGGCCUUAA